GAAGUAUCCCAUGUUCUUUACAUAUAUACCAUGUAUAUUAAAUAUUAGAUUUUUGUAUCAUACUUAAAGAAUUCAGUAUGACAAAAACAAUGUUACUGAUAAAGAAGUAAUUUCGAUUUCAGAUUCCCAUGUUAAAUACAUCCAUGUUUAUUCAAGAUUUAACAAAUAAAAUGUAUGAUAUUAUUGUAAAAUAAAAUUUGUAAAAGUAUUCUUGGACAUGCAGAAAAACGAAUUUUAUUUUGUACGGUCAUGUAUGAUUAGAAUAUAUUCACGUGGGAAAAGUAAGGUUAUGUUUAGUUUUGAUCGACGUAUAUUUAACAUUGGAAAUUGAACAUAUCUAAAAUAAAUAAUCAGCAUGGAAGUUAUGUGGAAUCGCAAACAGUUGGAACAUCCACCAAAUGCAAGUUUUCGUAUCGAACGUGAAAAAUUUGAUGUAACAGGAUUUCAAAUGAUCCUAGAAAUGGUUAUAAAGGAUUUGAGUUCUCAAGAAUUGUUGCACAAGGAAGCAGCAAUUUUAAGUAGAUUAAUUUAUCGUAUGAAGAGUAAAUUUAGAAAUGACAAAGGUGUUAAAGCAAUGUCCAAAGUAAACAGAGCUUUGCUCAAUUAUCUUUCUUUGUCCCUUGAAAAAGAAUAUGAAAAUUUAAAAAGCUAUAUUGAAGCAGACGAUGAAUAUGUUAAAUUACCUAGUAAACAGAUGUUAGAAUUUGUUUUGGUCAGAACUCAAGGCUUUGCAAAGCUUAUGGUACGCGUAGAAGAAGUCUCAAAACAUGCAGCUCAUUUCCUGAAAUGUAGAAUAGCUUUGGGUCAUGCUUGGUCUGUUUCCAUUAUUGCAUAUGCUGUUAUCAGUAGAAUAUGGAUUUUAUCAAGGCAUUUAAUUAAAAAGUCUUGUACAUGGUAUAAUGGUUUAUAUCAAUAUUUAAAAACGUUUAAAGCCUCAGGAAUGGACUGGCUUCCCAGAGACUAUGAAAUUGCAAACAAUUUAGAAACAUGGCUAGCAUUGCCAUGGAUAAAUGAACCUACACCAAGUGUUCCUGAUAGUUCUGGAUUAACAACUACAAUGUUUAAAUUAAUCAUUCCACGCGAUGACGAGUCGGACGAAGACGAAGAAAUAAAAGUUAAAAAUAUAUCAACAUAUGCACAGGAGAAAAAUGUUAUUCCUAAUAUUGUACCAAAGGAUGAAAACAAAAACGAACUUGCUAACGACGAUGCGGGAGAAGUUAUAGAUCGACAUACUUUCAGUUUAAUACAUACUGCACAGCAGGACGAAUUCACUAAUAACAACCAUACAAAUUUAUCUGUAAUUACCAAAAAAAAGAAACAUAAGGUAAUCUGUACUCAGGAUAAUAGUAAAAAAAUUGAAACAGCAGAAGGCACAAAACCGGAGAAAUUGAACAAAAAGAGAGACUCACAGAAAUUAUUAACAUUAGAAAAUGUUAAAUGUAAGGCAGAUUUGACAAUACUUUUAAACAAAGAGUCCUACCCAGGUUUGGAUAAAUUACAAUGGAAUAUGAUUAGGAAUAAAAGCAAAAAACUACUGAACAAAUUGGAUGCAUGUUCUGACGAAACAAAUCAGUCGAUUUUAUUUAAAAAAGUGAUUAAACGUAUACAACGUUCGAUAGCCUAAAUAUAGUAUAAUUGAAUUUACUAUACUUUUACAGCAAACGUCUUACAAUAUUGACUAUUUGUAAAAAUCGAAUAAAGAAAGACUAAAAAUAAAUGUUGUAUAUGUUAUGAAAAGUAUUUUAUGUUAACGGUGUAAACAUAAAUUCAUAAAUAAUGCACGAUUAAAAUGGUUUUUAUUAAUCAACGAUAUUCAGCAGGAAAAUAUUCUAUAUAUUUAAUAAGUUACAUGGUGUAACUGCAAGCGAAAUUAUAGUACGUUCGACACUUUAAAUUCACAUUAUAAAAUCAAAAUUAUCCCUGAGUAUAUAUAGUUUUUUAUAACAUCGUUAAAUUCAGUGAAGCACAUCGACACAGAAGUAAAAAGAAUUCUGUGCAGUUUUAUAA